AUGUUUACCAAUCGCAGCAUCUUCGCGACCCUGCCGCGAACGCAGCGCGGCGUCCCGCUCGUCCUUGGCGGCGACCCAAAGGGCAAGACCUUCCUCUACCCGAACGGCAACAGCAUCAUCAUCCGCGACAUCGACAACCCCGCCCUCUCCGACAUCUACACGGAGCACUCGACGCUGACCACCGUGGCGAAGUACUCUCCGAGCGGCUUCUACAUCUGCUCCGCCGACCAGGGCGGUCGCAUUCGCAUCUGGGACACCACGCAGAAGGAGCACAUCCUCAAGGCGGAGUACCAGCCCUUUGCCGGGAACAUCAAGGACCUCGCCUGGUCGGCGGACAGCCAGCGCAUCGUGGUGGUCGGAGAGGGCCGCGAGCGCUUCGGCCACGUCAUCAUGAUGGAGACCGGCACCUCGGUGGGCGAGAUCGCCGGCCACUCGAAGACGAUCAACAGCGUCGACUUUCGCCCCUGUCGGCCGUUUCGCAUUGUGACCGGCUCGGAGGACAACUUCGUACAGCUGUACGAGGGCCCGCCCUUCAAGUUCAAGACCCAGCUCGAUGACCACAGUCGCUUUGUGCAGUCGGUGCGCUACUCGCCGGAUGGGGCGCUCUUUGCCACCGCCGGCUUUGACGGGAAGAUGUUCCUCUACAAUGCAAACGACUACUCAAAGGUGGGCGAGUUUGGCGAGGGCGGCAAGGCGAAUGCCCACGGCGGCGGCAUCUACGCCGUGGCCUGGUCUCCGGAUGGAAAGCAGUUGCUCAGCGCCUCGGGCGACAAGACCUGCAAGGUCUGGGACGUGGAGACGCGCAAGAGUGUUGUGGACUUUCCCAUGGGCGGCGACGUGCUGGACCAGCAGGUGAGCUGCCUGUGGCAGGGCAGCCACCUCCUCUCCGUCUCCCUCAGCGGCUUCAUCAACUACCUCGACCUGGCAGGGGACCCGAGCAAGCCGCUGCGCGUCGUCAAGGGCCACAACCGAACGAUCACGGCGCUGGCCGUCAACACCGCCUCCGAGGAGAAGCGCCUCUACACGGGCAGCUGCGACGGCUACCUGACCAGCUGGAACCCGGCCACCGGGGAGCACGACCGGGUGGUGGGCAACGGCGGGAAGCUGCAGGGCCACGCCAAUCAGAUCAGCGGCCUCGUCUUUGACGGCACCUCGAAGCUGUACAGCGUCGGCUUUGACGACUUUGCGCGCACCAUUGACACUGCCGAAGGAGGAGCGGGAGCCUUCGCCUCUGGCGGCGAGUUCAAGCUGGACCAGCAGCCCAAGGCGGUGGCGCUCACAAAUGACGGUCAGGUGCUGGCGGUGGCCGCCCACGCCGCCGUGGAGAUGCGCCGCGUCCGCGACGGCGGCCUCAUCUGCUCCCUGCCCGCCCCCUUUGAACCGUCCAGCAUCAGCGUCAACUGGGCGAACAACGACGUGGCCGUGGGCGGCGGCCGGGACGCCAAGGUGCACGUCUACGGGUGGGACGGCGUCAAGCUGGCCGAAAAGAGCGUGGCGUCCAAUCACCGCGAGGGCGUCACCGAUGUGGCCUACUCUCCGGAUGGAAAGCUGCUCGCGGCCGCCGAUCAGAACCGCAAGAUUGUCCUCUACAGUGCCGAGGGCUACCAGCCCGCCCACGACCUGGAGUGGGGCUACCACUCGGCCCGCGUCAACUGCCUCGCCUGGGCCCCCGACUCAAAGUGGCUCGCCUCGGGCAGCCUCGACACCGGCAUCAUCGUCUGGGACGUGGAGCACCCGCUGAAGCACUACAACCUCAAGAAGGCCCACCCGCAGAGUCAGGUGACGCGCAUCGCCUGGCUGGACGGCAACACCAUCGUCUCCACCGGCCACGAUGGCAGCAUCAAGGUGUGGGAGUUUAAGGUCUGA